AUGAUGUGUGCCUGCCUGUGUCCAACGGUUAGCCUAUGUUCUACCAUAGAUCGCAUUACGGCUACCGAGGCCUUCGACGUCGAGUUGGGCACCGAUCCGGAAGGUCUCGAGUCCUGGAUCUAUAACCGCAGAUUAAUGAAGACUGAGCAACGACCAUCUUUGAACCAGUACAAUGAGCUGAGGCCCAUGAACCCCGAUCCAUUAACCAUUCCCUACAUCACGUCAUACGAUCUGUCAACUGUUUCCUCGAAUCCGUCAACCAUCCCUGAGAAGUUUUGGGGCGCCAUGCAGAAGGUUUUGGUUGUGGGAAAUGCAACCUUUGAGGAGAUGUCCCAGCGAUACCGAGCCAACGGCGAACUGUCGCGCAGGGCUCUGCGAGAAUUCAAGUUCUUUGUUAAACUGGAAGCGGGCGUUCAGACCCAGGUCAAGAAGAUUUGUCGUCCCGUCCCCCCCGCGGGGGAUUUGAAGGCCCUCUAUCAAGAGGAGCGAGCUUUGCUCGCCUGA